UCUCUCUCUGCGAACGUGAAGGGGGUCUGCUUCUCGGUGCGUCGCGCUCUCCUCUGCUUCGAACGAGCCGCUUCUUCUGCUUCUUCUUCUUCUUCUUCGCAGCAGGAGCAGCAGCAGCAGCAUCAUCGUCUGUUUCUUUCCUUCACACCCAUGGCGAGGAGUUGGCUUGUCGAUGGCAGAUCAAUAGCAAAGAAAGUGAAAAAUGCUACCUUGUCCACUACUUCUCAAAUCAAAGACUAUGGUGCAAAUCGUGAAUGCCCAAAUUGUCAUUAUCUUAUUGAUAACAGUGAUGUUUUGCCCGAAUGGCCUGGCCUACCAGCUGGGGUAAAAUUUGAUCCUUCUGAUGGUGAGCUCUUGGAACACUUGGCAGAAAAAUGUGGCGUUGGAAACUCAAAACAGCACGUGUUGAUUGAUGAAUUUAUUCCCACACUUGAGUGGAAUGAAGGAAUUUGUCAUACUCAUCCUGAAAAUCUUCCUGGUGUCAAGAAAGAUGGAAGAAGUGUCCAUUUCUUUCACAGGACCAUGAAUGCUUACGCCACUGGACAACGUAAGCGUCGUAAAAUUCAUGAUCAGCAUAAUCUGAACAGAGAAGAUGUUCGCUGGCACAAGACUGGUAGGACCAAACCUGUUGCCAUUGAUGGAGUUCAUGAAGGAUGGCAGAAAAUAAUGGUUCUUUACAAAAGUUCAAAGAAGGGGUCUAAGCCUAUUAAAUCCAAUUGGGUGAUGCAUCAGUAUCAUUUGGGUGCGGACAAGGAGGAGAAGGAUGGGGAAUAUGUGGUCUCCAAGAUCUUCUAUCAACAACCCAAGGAGACUGACAAGAAUAACAAGAAUGAUGAGGAGAAUGACGAAAGUAUGUAUAUUGAUGAUGAGGAUGUAAAGACUCUUCGAACUAAUCCGAAGACCCCUAAACCAAAUCCUCCUAAUCCAGAUCAAAAAGAAAAAUUUGUUCUGCUUGAUGAUGUCGCUGAGGAAGAUAUGAAGUCAUCUGAUCAGGAUACGUUUAAGGAUAUUCAGCUUGAGGAUGAUGAGCCAUGUGCUGAAUGGUUGGCUGGUGAAUCUCAGCCUCUGGACGACUUUGAUUUCGGUUACAUUGAUGGGCCUUUUGCAUGCCAAGAGUAUGUCGAAUCACAUUCUCACUUCAAUGAUAGAGGAGGCAAUCUCGUACCUCCAACUACGUCACUUCCGGAGAUAAAUGAGGUGGUAACCGACGAAAUUGAAACCUAUGGGACCUCUGAACUAGCGAAGCUAGAUUUUGAUUCUCCACCAGAUUUCCUGCAUCCUGAGUUGCCAUUUGGUUCCCAAGAGAGCAUAUUUCAAUGGUUAGGACGCAUAUGAAGAGAUAUGAUGAAGUACAAACCUGCGAAUUGUUGCGAGUUCCCAAUUUUGCACGCUUGAACUGGCUCAACCCACCACUAGAAGUAUCAUUUGGUGGACCAAUGUCUAAGCAAUUACUUUGAGGGAACAUUGAUGCUUGGCCCUUCCCAUCAUGAAAUUGGACCUAGAUAUUAUUUGAUAUGCGUCACUUCCAUAGCACGUCGAAUGUGUCACAGCAAGCAAAAUGUUUCACCUCCUUAGCGAGCUGAAAGUCGGCUUUUUCACCGCUUCUUACCCAGUUCCUAUCUUCAGGGAACCUACAUCAUUCUACUCCGUUCGGGCGGUUGAUGUACUUAAUUUGUGUCUAUAUGAUGUCUUUUGUGGCUGUUUUGUGGUAAUUCAAUUCUUGGUCGUUCGGUGCCUGUAAAUGUAAAGAACAUCGGAUUUA